AUGAACGUACCGUACGCGUCAUCGAGAGACGAUGUUAGCGUUAACUCGUUCGGAUCUUCGGUUUGGGAGAAGGAGUCUCGUGCAGGGCUUGAUCCUAGGGCGAGAUCCACGUCCGACCUGUUCGAGGUUCCUAGUCAUAGAAUAAGGCCUAAACCUUACAAGCGCUCCUCAUUACCCACUACGGUGCAUUACAUCCAAGCGAAUCAAGGUUCGCAAGACAGUCUUUCGCUGAUCCCAGAGCAGCAAGAAGUGCCGCCUCACCUUUUGCGUUCUUUAACACCAUAUCAAAAGCAGAGAAGACGUAUGAUGAACAGCUUUCAGUUUCCCAACGGAGAAAGUUUCACCCCAAAGCAGAAACCGUUGAAAUCGUUUUCAUCUCAAAACGAAACCCACGCUCAAAUUCGUCCCGGUCGGGGCUUGCCCAAGUCUGCGAGUUGCAGUAACUUCAAUAAUGUCGUCGACCGGCGCGACUCGCUCGGUCCACCAAGAACAUUAACGGCUUCAACUCGUGCUGGCAGUCUCACCAAUGUGUCAAAUCUGAAAACCCACCUGCCACCUGUUAACAGAAUUCACAACUCUGGAAGACUGUCCAAAGUGCCCACGAUGGGACCCCUUGCAAAGACAAAAUCAGCCAACUUUUCUCAAGUUGCUGCUAAAAACGAAAGCAGCGCAUCUUUCCAAGCAAGUCCAACACAUCUCACAAGUGAUUUGCACAACAACACCUCUUCAAGAACGCAGGCCGUUUCCAGUAACACUUCUUCCACUAACAGCAGCAAUAGUCUGAAAAGCGACAAUGUUGUAAGCAGUAACACGAGCACAGAUGCGAGCGAAACGCCUGCCAAACCUUUGGCGCCCGUGAACAAUAGUCUGUUGUCUACUAGUUAUCCGCACAUCCCAAAGACUUCCUCGAAUUUACAGAUCUCUUCAGCGCCAAGAAGAGACUCUAACGUUGUAAAGCCAUCACCGGUACAGCCUAAACAGCCAUUGCAAACCCCUCGAGCUCAAGCUCCAAAGCCCUCGGGGUCGGAUGCAUUUUCUAAUCCCAAAGGCGUGAAGAGGUCGACAUCGUCGCGCAUUGGUUCUUUUUUCAAAAGGUUUCUUCCAUCGAAACGCAAAAGAGAAGCUUCCCAUAGUAUUCAAGCGCAACCCGUACCAACGAAGAGAGCCUCAAACAGUCCAAGUUUAGCAAAAGUCACGGAGACACCAAAAAUUUCAAUAUCGCGUCCAAGCCACUCAUCCUCUCAAGAAGAUCAAAGUACUGUCCUCAAUGAAGACUCUUCGAAGGGGCAUUGUAUGAAUGACCUCGAUGAUGGGGAGUGCGAGGUAGAUGAUGACGAUGAUGAUGAUGAUCAACUAUUAGACAUAGAUUUGGUUUUUGAUAGUCUUUUGCUAAAAAAUGAUCAUCCAGUGUCAAGGACUUUGAACUUGAAUAGAGCAGAGAGGGAAGUCUUGGUACCAGAAGAUGACCCUGUUAUAAAGGCAGAUGAAGAAAAAAGUGGAACUACUGAGGAAAAUAUGAUAGACCUUGAAUUUAUUCAAGAAUUUUCUCGAUUGGGAAGGUUUAUUUCUGAUGGUUUGGGAAAAGAUCAGCCAGAUUUCUCCGUUGUUCCCCCGCCGCGGUCGCUCAAAAGGCCAUUGCUGGCCAACAAAGAAUCUAUGGCUGGCUUCUAUCGUCAACAUGCGUCUCAAAACCCAAUGGGGGUGACCCCAGACCAGAGGCUUGAUCACAGUUUGCAACAGGAUUGGGAAUUCGUGCACUACGACGCCGUGGUAUCUAUUAGCUCUCCGAGAGAGCAUAGCGCGGCUAAAAAACUAAGAUUUGGCCAUGCUGUUUAUGUCAAAGACACUCACGCUGCCGGGGAUUACGAACGAAGCGACAAGAAAUUCAUUCGGGCUCGCCGGCGAAUGAUGCAGACCAAAAACAUGGCAUUUAUAGAUGCCGUAAAAAACCAGCUCAAUGAGUUCAAGAGGGGAGAAAUGAAGGUUCACGGAGAUAGCCUUCAAAACACGCAUUACUUCCUUUAG